AUGGCUGAAGCAAUAGGCACAGCAAUAGGCGUAGUAGGUUUCCUAGGCCAGCUCUUUGACGGCUGCGUCAAAGCCUACGGCUACUUCUCCGCCGCCGCCAACCUCGACGCAGACUCGCAGCGGCUGCUCUGCAAAGUCCGCAUCGAGGAGAUGCGCCUCGUCGUCUGGGGCCGCGGGUGGGGCGUCGCUGAGGGCGAGGGACGGCUGGAGGCGCAUUUGAAUGGGUUCAGUCGCGAGGCGGGGGAUCCGCGGAUGGCGGGGUUAGCGGAGGGGAUUAUGAGGGAGUUGCAUGCUACUGUUACGGACUUUGGGAGGUUGAGGGAAAGGUAUGGGUUUGUGGAGGAUGGUGGUGGUGAGGGGGGAAAGAUUGGGGCGAGCGGUGAUGGUGAGAAGGGAGGGGAGGGGAAGAAGAGGGAUUGGAGGAGGGAGAUUUCGAGGAGGGCUAAAUGGGUUAUUGCUGACAAGGAAAAGUUCACAGCCCUCUUGACAGACUUGAAAUACUUCAACGAUGGCCUAGAACAACUCUUCCCGCCCCGCCUCCUCCCCUCCCUCCACCGCUCCUGGCGCCACUCCCUCCUCGACUCGGCCAGCCGCGACGUAGCCCAGCUCGCCCUCCUCGAGUCCUCCUCCGCAGACUCGUACCCGCAGCUCACCGUCUCCGCCAACCUCAAAAAGCUACGCAUCAACCUUGACGCCGAACCCCAGGCCUCCUUCCGCCCGACCUUCGCCUUCCGGAUUCCCCCCUCUUCCCCCUCCUCAUCCUCCCUAAACCUCCUCUCUUUGACAUCACCAACGACAAACACGACCCGCACCCACGCAACACACACAACCCACGGUCCAGUCCUCGUAGAAUGGGUCGAAUACGACCCCUCGUCCCCAGACGAGCGCUUCCUCCACCUCCGCCGCCUAGACGACCUCGCCCGCAUGAUGCACUCGGCCUCCUCGAACCACCCAGACCUCCACACGAUAGACUGCAUAGGCUACACCGACGACUCAAACAACGCCCGCUACGGCCUCCUUCAACCACAACCAGCAACAUCUCACUCAACCCUGCACGCCCUAAUCUCCUCACCAGACCUCAAAACGCCCGACCUAGACGACCGCAUAACCCUCGCAUCAACACUCGCCUGCGCCCUCUGGUCCCUCCACUCCCUAGAUUGGCUCCACAAGUCCCUCUGCAGCGCAAACAUCCUCUUCUUCCCCUCCGCCGCCUCCCUCGCCGCAACCCGCGCCACCACCGUCUCCGCCGCCGUUGUCCCGGACAUCGGUUCCCCCUACCUCGUCGGCUUCGAUGCCUCCCGCCCCGAUUUCGACGCCGAGAUGAGCGUCAACCCGCGGAACCCCAGCAUUCUCGACCUCCACAGGGACCCGCGAUCGCUGGGCUCAGGCCUCUGUAGGAAGCAGUAUUGCAAGGGUUACGACGUGUACAGCCUCGGGUUGGUGUUGUUGGAGAUUGGGUUGUGGAAGGUGCUGCAGACGUAUUACAAACCGCAUUACUCGGCGGAGAAAUGGAGGGACAGGGUUAUUUUGCCAGUCUUGGUUCCGGGACUGGGCAGCAAGACCGGAAAGCUGUAUAAGCAAGUAGUUGAAAAGUGCCUUACAGCCAAGGACGACAUGUCCAGUAGCGAGGCUGGGCAACUCAUGGAAUGGGUGGUCACAACAUUGGAAAGCAUACGCACAUAG